UGAUUGACAAAUUCUAGUUUAUAUUUUGUCUCUGGGUAAAGUUUGUUUGGAUUUUCAUGGUGAGCGGUUGUGUCACAUCUUAUGUGUAAUAAAAUGUCUAACAAAAGGAACAAAGAAAUCCAGAACGACCACAGUGACAGUGAGGAAGAGCAGGAAUCUGGUAGUGAAAGAGAUUCCGACUUCGAUUCUGAUGGAAACUUCAUCGGAGACAAAGAACUACAGGCAGACUUUGAAGGUCGCAACCCCGAGGACUGUGACUUCCAUGGCAUAAAGCAACUUUUACGACAGUUGUUCCUGAAAUCAAAUGUUAGUGUAGGAGCACUGGCACAAACAAUCAUCUCACAAAACUAUGUGGGCAGUGUGGUAAAACAGUGCCUUGAUGAUGGAGAGGAUGAUGAUGAUGACGAUGAUGAUGGAAGUAACGGUGUGUUUGGCAUCACAACAGUUAUUAAUAUUACUAAAAGAAAAGAUGAACCCAGUGUAAAACAAAUAAGAGACUUGCUCAUACAACUUGCUGAUGAAAAUGCAGAUCCAAACACUAAAGGAUUAAUCAAUAAAAUAUUGACAAAUGAUGCUGAACAUGUUGGACUUAUCAUCAAUGAAAGGAUUUUAAACAUUCCUGCUGCUAUCAGUGUCCCAUUAUUCGCAUCACUCCAGUCUGAACUGGACAGAGCCAUUAAAAAAAAUAUGCCAUACCAAUUCCGCUAUCUCAUAUGGAUAUGCAAAACAUACAACACAGGAGAUCAAUCAACAGAAACAUUAUUUGCGAAUCAAGAAGAGAAACCACUCGUAAAUGAAGCUAUAGCCAGUUUCGACGUGGAUGUUACUGAACAGAGUGACAUAUCACAGUGGGAUUAUGAUGAAGGAGGAGCUCUGACACCUUGUAGAAAGAUUCUCAUCUUUGAAGGCACCAAAUUCAAUAACUUAGUAAGGCUCAUUAAGGAGGAAGUGGAGGGCGCCUGAACGCGCUAAGAAGUCAAUGACUAUUAUGUUUAUGCCGUACAUACAAAAUGUAUUUAUAUAUGGAUAUUCCUAAAUAUAAGUUACAAGUACUUGUUAAA